AUGUUCAAGUCGGCGAGGUGGCGCGGCGCCGGCAAGGCCAAAGCCGUGUUCAAGCUGCAGUUCCACGCCACCCAGGUGCCGGAGCUGGGGUGGGAGUCCAUGAUGGUGGUGGUGACGCCGCAGGACGUCGGCCGGCCCACGGCGCGGACGGAGCGCGCGGAGGUCGCCGACGGCGCCUGCCGCUGGCCCGCCCCGAUCUUCGAGGCCACCAAGCUCCCCUCCGGCAAGGCGGCCGCCGGCGACAAGAUCUACCAGUUCCUCGUCUACGAGACCGGGUCGGCCAAGGCGGCGCUGCUGGGGGAGGCGACGGUGAACAUGGCCGAGUACGCGGAGGCGUUCAAGCCGUCGGCGGUGACGCUCCCCCUCAAGGGCAGCCCCGCGCCCGGCGCGCUGCUGCACGUGACCAUCCAGCGGGUGGUGGGUGGUGCCGGCGGUGGGUGCGGUGACGACGGGAGUGAGAACGGCGACACCGCAAAGUCUUCGCCGCGGAGGACGCUGCAGAGCCAGCUGAGCCGGUGCGAGGACGAGGAAGCCGAGAAGGCGAGGUCGCUUGCUGCCGAUUCGAUGAGCCCUGUGCAUGAUGGAUUGGUGAUAAGCAAACCACCAGGGAUGAGGUUUCCCUUGAGAAGAAAUAUGCCGGCAUCUGUUGAGCCGGCCGGCCACCUCCACAAUGCCAAUGGCUUUGACGCCGUUUCGUUGUCGGGUUCAGAUGGGAGCUCAGGGAGAUUCACUCCCAAAACCAGUGCGAACAUGCAUAGCACAUUUCUUCAGGAUGCGACCAAUGUCCUCUCGCCUUUUGCCAACAAUGCCACCUCGAGAAACCCAUUGAGCUCUGGUGACUGGUCAGGAAGCUCAGCUCCUGACGCUAGCACUGAUGGGUCGACGAGCAACUCGGGUGAGACGGGGUUGAGAGGUGCAGAGGAUGAUGUAGAGAAGCUGAGAAGUGAGAUAGGGACUUUGACAAGAAAACUGGAUGUCUCAGACAUGGAGUUGCAGACACUCAGAAAGCAAAUUGUAAAAGAGAGUAGGCGAGGUCAAGACCUUUCCAAGGAAAUGAGUAGCUUGAGGGAUGAGAGGGAUGCACUCCGAGGAGAAUGUGAAGGCCUUAGAGGGAUGAAGAAGACGAUCCAUGAUGCAAAUGGAUCAGGUAAACGGUUGUCAGACGGGGAAGAUCCCUGGUCUCAGGUUGAGGAGCUGAAGCAAGAGCUGGGCCAUGAGAAGAAUUUAAAUGCAGAUCUACGUGUACAGCUACAGAAAAUGCAGGAGUCCAACUCUGAGCUGCUUCUGGCUGUGAAGGAUCUUGAUGAAAUGCUGGAGCAGAAGAAUAGAGAUAUGUCCAUUUUGCAAGAAGAAACAGUAGAGGAUCCCCAGGAGGCAGAAUAUGAGCAUGCACUGUCAAAUGUGCACAGUGCUGGACACAAGAUGGACAUGUCUGAAACAAGUUCGUACCAAGAGAAAGAAGACGAGCUUAUGUUGGAUGCAUUGGUGAAGAAGAGUGACGGCAUCGCUAGUUCUGAACUGCAAGAGAAGAUUCUUGAACUGAGUGAUGAAAUUGAGCUGUACAAGAAAGACCGUGAGGAUCUUGAGAUGCAAAUGGAGCAGCUUGCACUUGAUUAUGAGAUUCUGAAGCAAGAGAACCAUGACAUCUCUUCGAGGCUGGAACAAACACAACUUAGAGAGCAGCUAAGGAUGCAGUAUGAGUGUUCAGCACAUUUGUCUAUAAUAAGUGAUCUUGAGGCCAAUGUCGAGAAUCUGGAGAAUGAACUCCAGGAACAAUCUCAAAGAUUAGAGGCUGAUAUAGCAGAAGUACUGGCUGCCAAGGUUGAGCAAGAGCAGAGGGCCAUAAAGGCCGAGGAGUCUCUGAGGAAAGCGCGGUGGAACAACGCUACCACUGCCGAGCGACUUCAGGAGGAAUUCAAGAGUCUAUCUUCACAAGUAUCUUCUGCUUUCAGUGCCAACGAACGGCUGCUUGUGCAAGCAAGAAAAGAGGCCGCAGAACUACAGUUGCAGAAGAGCCAGUUGGAAGAGUUACUGCAGAAAGCCCACGAAGAUGCCGCAUCAGUCCAAGAACAACACCGGGUGAAGAUUCAGCAGUUACUUACCCUAGUGGAUUUCAAGUCGAAUGAGAUAGAUAGGCUGGUGGUGGAGCUCAAGAGCAAGAGCGACGAGUUCGAGAACCAGAAGAGAAGUGAUGAGUCAAAGUUAAAUGAUCUAUCAGAAGAAAUUGAACAGCUCAAAGCCAAGAUUGACAAGCUAUCAGAUGAGAGAGACAAACUCGUGGAAAGGAAUGAGCAGAAAGACAUGGAAUUGGCUGCAAAUGGUGAAAAGGACAUGAUCUUGCAAGACAAAACUGGUGAAAUUACUUUGCUCAAUAAAGAGCUUGCAUUGCUCAAGGACCAAAUGCAGACAUAUUUGGAGGAGCUAAACACUCUGAAACGCUCCAAGAGUGAAAGGGAUGAGACAAUAGGGAAGCUACAAAUAACCAUUGGAUCGUUGAAACUCCAGUACGACAAUAUGAAGAACUCGUUGUCCACAAAGGAGGCUGAGAAAAGCAACCUUGCUUCUCAGGUGCUGAAGCUGAGAAGAGCCCUUGAAAGCAGGGAAGGUGCCAAGGAAAAUGGUGUCACUUCAGAUACAACGGAUAAUCAGCACACUAAUUCGAAGCGCAUCAAGCACGAUACUGUCAGCACCGGUAACGGUGAUGCCGCGCCAAGCGCCAACGGACACAGCAACGGCCACGACACGAGGUUAUCAUCUGGAAUUAGAUUACCGCAGGCCGCUGCUGAGCAGUCCUCAAAGGAGCUGGAGUCUCUAAAGGAGACGAACAAGGCGAUGCAGCAAGAGCUGAACGAGCUGCACGAGCGGUAUUCGGAGAUAAGCCUCAAGUUCGCGGAGGUGGAAGGUGAGAGGCAGCAGCUGGUGAUGACGGUGCGGACGCUGAAGAACUCGCUGAGAUGA